AUGCUGCCCCUCAGGUCCACCCUCCUCUUGGCCUUGCUCCUCACCCCCCUCUCACUGGGCCAGAGGCCUCGAAGACGCCCUCAACCACCAUCGGCCAUCAGUACUAUCCGCCCCAAAGCUGACUUCAGUACCGAGCAGUUUGCAGGGACAUGGUUCCUCGUGGCUGUGGCCUCCAAGUGUCGCUUUCUGCAAGAAGAAAGCCACCGGACGGAGGCCACGAGGCUGGACACUUCGCCCCAGGAUGCAGACAUGGCCGUCAGCACCCUCCGAAUGCUGGACGGGAUCUGUUGGCAGGUGAAGCAACUCUACAAACGCACUGGAGUCCCUGGACGCUUCCUGCUCCAAGCCCGUGGCGCUAAGGGCCCUGUGGAUGUGGUUGUUGGAGAGACAGACUACCAGGACUUCGCCAUCUUGUACCUGGAGCAGGCACGACAGCUCUCGGUGAAGCUGUACGCCCGCUCCAUCCCCGUGAGUGACUCUACUCUGGACACAUUUGAACAGCGGGUCCAGGCCGCUAACAUGACCGACAGCCACAUAAUUUUCUUCCCCAAAUAUGGUUUCUGUGAGUCCGCAGACCAGUUCCACAUCUUGAAUGGUAAGGGAUCUGCUGAGGGGUCCUCUGGGGGACAGGGUGAAGGAGGGUCUGCCUGCCUGCUGACCAUGGUCUGCACUGCAGAGGUGAAGCGGAGCUGA